AUGGUGCCCAUGGUCGAAACGCGCGAGCAAGCCGAGGCGAUCGUGCGGGGCUGUCGGUACCCAAAUCUCCGCUCUUCCGACGGCACUACCACCACCGCCACCACGCUCAAUGGGACCCGCGGCGCAGGCGGCAUGUUCGCACACCACGCCUUCCCCUCAUCACACCCAAUGUCCGCCUCCGGCCGCGCAUACUGGCAGCACGCCAACACUGAAAUCAUCAUCAUCGCACAGAUUGAAUCAGCCCUCGCAGUUGCAAACAUCGAAGCUAUCGCCUCCACACCCGGCCUAGACGCGCUGUUCAUCGGCCCCAAUGACCUCGCUGCCUCGAUGGGGUAUGUGCCCUUCGAGCAUGGCCAGAUACAGGAAGUGCAGGAUGCUAUCGCACGAGUGUUGAAGGUGGGAAACAGGGAGGGGAAGUAUAUGGGGUGUUUUGCGCUGGGGGCGGACGAGGCGGCGAGGCGGUGGGAGGAGGGUUGGGACUUUGUGAAUUGUGGUGCGGAUUUGGUUGCUUUGGCGGGGUGGAUGGGAAGUGAGAUGGGGAAGUUGGGCAGGUUGGUGAUGGAAGGCAAGGAGACUGGAAACUGA